ACAUCAAUCGAUAGAAUUCCACUUUUUUGGAGAUAAUUGAAGGACGUUGCUCUACUUUGGCAUGCGACGACAGUUCAACAACGGUCCCUCUUUCUUCGGGAAUGGCUUUCGUAGUCGAUUUCCGCCCGAAUUUGACGAUCCCUUUGCCAAACGGAGUUACGAGAGUUCAUUCUACGGCGGCGAUCGUGACAAUUUUCGCGAAGAAAAUUACUCUCCUUACCCCAAUCGAGGCGAUGACUACAAUCGAUACGAUUAUCCCGACAAAUUUUCAUCGUGUAAGCCAUCGGGCAUGAAUGUCGACACCUUUUUGCAGAUGGGCAAGACAUCAAACAGCAAUUGGAACUCGAAUCCUUUCCAGAGAAGGACUUAUGGGAACACAGAUAACUCGAAUUUGUCACAAAAAGACGAAGUUAUGCCUGAAUCACAGAUUCAGAACACUAAAUACGGAAAUAAUUUCACGUCGUUCGACGAAGAACUCGAAACCUCAGCAAAAAAACCGGAAAUUGUGCCUCCGCCUGACGAACCAAAAGAAAAAUUUAAAGUUCUCGAGGUGAAAUGCAAAGUGUGCAAUAUAACACUUACCUCAAAAUGCGUCUACGAAGUACAUAUUCGUGGCAAAAAACAUCUCAGAAGGGAAGCUGACGCCAAAAAGUACAGUUGUGAGUUGUGUUGCACGCAAUUAUUCACGAUGGAGGAGCAGCAAGCACAUAAUGAGACUGAACAACAUCAAGAAAGCGUAAAAGUAGCAGAAUUUUUCCAAAAACAGCGAAACGAAGACCCAGAUGUGCAAAAAUACAAGUCAAAAGUUGCCAAACAGUCAGGAAUCAUGACUCAAGCAGAGAUUGACGCUCUAAAAGUUGUCCCGAAUGAGCAUAAAUAUCGAUGUGAUCUGUGUAACGUCAAUUGUAAUUCUCCACAAAUGCUGCAGUUGCAUUUAUCAUCGAAAAAACACGUAAAACGAUCAAACGAUGCCAAAUUGAACAGCAAAUCGAACGCGGUCGAGUACAGUUGUGAUGUUUGUCAAUUUUUAUGUUACUCGGCGGAGGAACAUGAGAGGCACAGCAAUAGUGAUGAGCAUUCAAAAGCUCUUGCGGACAAAUAUAAAGCAGGAACAAUUCAAACGCCUGCUGUUCCAAAAGAAGUCGAAGCAGCUCUUAUUCCACGCGAUGAACUCGAUAUCGUGCCCGAACGGGGUGCAGAUAACGUCUUAUGGUACAAUUGCGCUGUUUGCGAUGUCAAAACUAAUUCUUUGGAUAAUCAUAAAAUGCACAUCAAUUCCAAGAAGCACAAAUCAAAAGUUCAAGGCGUUCCCUUCGUCAACAAGAAAGCCAAAUACUCCAGCGAGGCUCUUCGCAAUUCCUACACGCGUUUCGUGAGCGGCGGCGGCUUGGGAAAGAAAAUUACGGGCGAUCCGAGUGCUUAUUGUGCCAAAUGUGAGAUCCAGUUCAAGACGCCAACCGAAUUAGAGGAACAUUUCUUGACGCCCGCUCACAAAAAUCACAAUCCAUACAAGAAAAAACUCUUUUUCGACAACGAAAGUGUCGCAAAAAAGGCAAAAACGUCAAAUGGCACGCCAGCAAUCGCAGGAAAGAUCUCAACUUUGACUUCAGUGACGAAUGUAACAAAGCCCGCAACGACAACUCCCCUUCCAACGAGCGAUUAUGGCUACGGAGGCGGAUUUGACUACACGAAUCCAAGUUACUAUCAAAGUACGGGUCAACAUUCGUCGCUGACGGCAUAUCAACCUUCGAGUGCGGCAUAUCAAGCGACGUAUCAAAAUCCCGGAGCUUAUGGCUACAGCUCGUAUUACGAUCAAACAUCGUAUCCAGCGACGACAACAAAUCAAGCAGCUUAUUCGACGCCAAAUGCUACGUCAUGGAGCUAUUCGACGCCUUACUACCAGCAUUAGUCAUGAAUUUUAAUGAAUUUUAAUAAAAUUUUAACCAAUU